AUGAGAAAUCACACAGCAAUAACAGUAUUCAUCUUGCGGGGACUGACAGAUGACCCACAACUACAGGUUUUGCUUUUUAUCUUUCUGUUUCUCAACUACUUCUUGAGUCUAACUGGGAAUCUGACCAUCAUCAUCCUUACAUUGGUGGAUCCCCACCUGAAAACUCCCAUGUAUUUUUUCCUCCGAAACUUUUCCUUCUUAGAAGUCUCACUCACAACUUCCUGUAUUCCUAGAUACCUCUAUAGCUUGUCAACUGGAGACAAAAUGGUUUCUUAUAAUGCCUGUGCCACACAAGUAUUUUUUGUCAUCUUUCUUGGGGCAGCAGAGUUCUUUCUUCUGGCUACCAUGUCCUAUGAUCGAUAUGUGGCCAUCUGUAAACCUCUCCAUUACACAACUAUUAUGAACAGCAAAGUCUCUAACCAGCUCUUGCUGAGUUCUUGGCUAGCUGGAUUGAUGAUAAUCCUCCCACCUCUUGGCAUGGGUCUUGAGUUGGAAUUUUGUGACCCCAUUAUUGACCAUUUUUCCUGUGAUGCAUUCCCUAUGCUAGAGAUUUCAUGCACAGACACACAGUUGAUACAGGGAGUGGUUUUAAUCGAUGCAAUAUUGACGCUCAUCAUCACCUUAUUCUUAGUGGUUCUCUCCUAUGCCUCCAUUCUCAGGACUAUUCUAAGAUUCCCCUCUGCCCAGCAAAGGAAAAAGGCCUUUUCCACGUGUUCCUCCCACAUAAUUGUUGUCUCCAUCUCUUAUGGCAGUUGUAUCUUCAUGUAUGUCAAAUCUUCUGGAAAUGAACAAGUUGAUUUGAACAAGGUAGUUUCAGUUCUAAUGGGCUCUGUUGCCCCUGUGAUGAACCCCUUUAUUUAUGCCUUAAGGAACAAACAAGUCAUACAAGCCUUUAAGAACUCAAUUAAAAAGAUUACAAUGUUCACAAACAAAUAA